CCUUACCUUACCUCCUCCUACUCUACUACUACUACUUCUACGACUGCUGCUCCUACUACUACUACUACUACCACUGCUACUACUAUUACUGCUACUACUAUUAUUACUGCUACUACUACGACUGCUACUGCUACUGCCACUGCCACUGCCCGCUGCCGCUGCCACUGCCAUUCUACCUCCCUUCCCCACUACCUAGCCCUGUCUGCUAUCUGCCCACUUUACUCUGACUGACACCCACUCUUUAUCCUCUCCUGCCGACUUCAACAUUCUAUAAGAACGUCGCCACCCGUCAGCCGGUCUCAUAGGACGUUGCUUAUACCCACCAACCGUACCACCAACUUCUCCACAACUCUCCCAGUUCACAUCCAUCUCCAACUCUCACAAGCAUCAUACAAAACCACCAACAUGGCUACCAACCCUUUGCGGAUACGCAACAAGUCCGGCCGGGACAUCGACAUCCUCUGCCACGCCGCCUCCUCCGAGCCCGUCUCCCCAUGCACCCUCCCCAGCCCCCACGACAUCCGCGCCAACAUCAGCAUCCCCGAGCGCCGCCGCGUCGCCUCCCACCUCCCGCCCUGGCAACCCCAAGACCUCAGCCUGCCCCUCCGCCAGCGCUCCCCCCACGGCUCCCCCGCCCAGCGCUCGCCCAUCCAGCUCCCCCCCCUGGGCGAGCAGCGUGCUCCCAUCCCCGAGCUCCGCCGCCGCAGAACGCACUGGGACUUGAGCACCCGCGACGACGGCGUGGCUGACUACGCACACGACCCGUUCUCCGCGCCUGAUAUGCGGGGACCGCUGCUGGCGAACUCGCUGAGUACGUCGUCGGUGAGGGAGUACUACCACCACAUGGGCGAUGACCGCAGACACUCCUACCACGACGGCAUGAUGCGACCCCGGAACGGCCGCCAGACGUCACCGCCAACGCCGCAACUCUUCCGCUGCGGCUCCCGCGACAGCAUCGCCACCGUCGAACCCGUCUCGCCCUCCACCCCCCGCGACGCUCUCCCGGAGUACAGCUACCCGCCCUCGCGCAACGCAUCCUUCAGCUCCAUGGGCCCAGGGUCCAUGUACCCCGACCCGACGCAAUUCGAGCCCGGAACCCGCCACUUCGACGGCUACGCCAAGCCGCCCCAGGCGCUUCUCCCGCGCUUCCCAGGAACCCUCCCGGCACCCCACGGCGUCCCGAUGCACGCCCAUCAUUAUCAUGAGCAGCACUACCACGACCCCGCGAUGGCAGCCUACGCCGCGUCGCAGGGGCACAUGGUUCCUCAGAUCCCGGCAUUCGCGCCGCCCCCAGCAACCACCGUCACGGCCUCGGGAACUAAACGCUAUCACUGCCGCUACGCCGACGCCGUCGGCUGUGAGAAGACAUUCACGACCUCCGGCCACGCCUCGCGCCACUCCAAGAUCCACACCUGCGAGAAGGGCAUCCAAUGCGCCUUCCCCGGCUGCCUCAAGAAGUUCACCCGCGCCGAUAACAUGAAACAGCACCUCGAGACGCACUACAAGGACUCCCGCCGCCCGCGCCCGACCACCUCCUCCUCCGGCGGACCGGGCCGUCGUGGGCUCCGCAAGGGCGCGAGUUCAGCCGCUGUGGCGAUGCGCCGGGAAGGCAGAGGGUUGACGCGCGAUAUGGUUAGGUUGCAGGCGAGGCAGAUGCAGGAGGUGGGGAGGUGGCCGAAUCAGGUUGUGAGGGGGGAGAGUAGCGCAAUGGGCGCGGGGGAGGAUAAUCAGGGUUUGGAUGCGUUGGCGGCGGCGGUGGGGGAUCAGGUUGGGGAGGGGAGGGGGGGGAGUGUGGAGAGUGAGGAGGGGACGCCGGGGCCGGCGAGGUUGUAGGGUGCAGGGUCUCCGUUUACCUUACUGUUGUCCCUGUACCUGGAUUUUGGUCCCUCUUGUCCCUUGCCUGCUUCUUCUCUCGAUUUCCAUCGGUCCCUGACUUCUGACGACUGGUUACCGCGCUUGGUUCCCGCUUGAUGCGUUUUCGGAUGCCUGGAUACCUGUCCGCAUGGUUUUUAAAUCACCCCUUCUUGAUCACUUCUUUUUCUCUUCGAAUGACUGGAUUAUCAUCAACUUACACUUUUAUUACACCACGACUUUUUACGGUGUGCUCGGUUGUCGUUGAUUUAUACUCGCGGUACGACCGAACUGGCGGGUGGGUGUUGUGCGACCUGAGUUGUCACACACACACCCCGCAUUUCUCUCGGACAAAUUCAACCGACGACGCCACAGCGGCAGUGGCGGCGCGCUUUUGACGCAGCCAACCAGCGAUGCAACUUUUUUUUUUUUUUUAGGAAAAAGAAAAUAUAAAGCAAACAAACAACAACAAAAAAAUUGGAUUGAAUGGCGCUUUGGAUUGGAGUGGAUUUUUGGUUUAAACCUGGUGUUUUGGAUGGAUUUUUGCUUUUGGUGGCUUCUUGUCUUUUUAACUUUGGUGUUCUUGGAUGGUUUUUUUUGCUUUUUAACUCUGGUGUUUUGGGUGGUCAUGGACAUGGGAUAUCUGGUGUAACAACAAACCAAAACGAACAGCGAACAACGGUGCAUUUUGGCGCCGGGGCUGGGCUGGCGGCUUUAUGUUUUCUUUGGGCGUUUACACGGGACGGAUGGGAUAGCGGCUUUUAUGCCAACUUACUUUUUGGGGGAAAAGGUGUUUCUGGCGAAAAAAGCAGCGUCUCUUUUUUGGGGGGAUGGAGGGCUGUGUUAGGAGUGGGCUUAUUGUCUUUUUUAAUCCUUUAAAAGCUUUUGUGUGCUCUUUCUUCUACUUGUUAUUUUUUACCUCGUCCGCUCGUUUUUUAUGGAUGGGAUGGCUUUCUUGCAUUUUAACUGGGUGGUGUAUGGGAUGAUUCCGGGACUGUUUAAACGGUCUGGAUUCGGUGGUGUUUUUUUGUGCUUUUAGGCAUCAUUACAAGUUUUUUUAAUCCUUUUAAUUUCUUGUUUCUUGUCUUCCAAAAAAUGGUUCGAGCUCACGCACCAUUGGUGCGGGUGGCUUUGGUCCGUUUUUUAUUUUUAUUUUUCACUUUUUUAUCAACCUUCCUUUCACCCGGUUUGAAGGGCGAAAGGGAAAAGGGACUUGUAUCUUUUAACGCGACACAGCGAUGAGCGCAGCGCGAUUAUGAGCAAGGGACAUUAAAAUGGGCAUGUAUGCACGCAUGCUUGUUCGUUUGUUCGUUUGUUUGUUUGUAGGCUUCAGGCUUGUAUGUUUGCACGAAUGCAUGUAUGUAUGCUGAACGGCAACUUGGUGGGGGGAUGGGGAAUGAGAAUUCGAAGUUUACCU